CAACGCGCACACUAAAUUAAGCAAAAAAAUAAAGAAACAGCAGACAAGAUGGCUCUUCCAACUUGAUGCAAGCUCUUUCUUUUCUUUCUUUCCUUGUUUGUUCAGUAUAUACUAACUUCACUACCACCAAAAAUCUCUCUGCGCUUCAAUGGCGUAUCUUUCACUGUUUUUAUAUCUGCUUCUUCUUCUCUCUACUUUUUUCUCUCUCCCAACUUCUCCUCCUAAGGUUUGCUGUACUACGCUUCCUUACAAGUGUACGUAAGUCCUAGAAACUCGGGACGACCCGGCUCCUCCUCUUCUUUGCUUUCUUAAUCCUCCCCUCCCUUUACUGCUUCCUUUGACUUGACUUAGACGUCCCUGAGAGUUUUUUACAGUUUAAUAGAGUUCUGUUCCAUGUCCAAGGGAAAAGAAAUAGAGGGUGAAGAAGAAAGAGAAGAUAUGUGUGGCAAUGACAGUGAGGUUCGUAGUAAGAAACGGCUUCUUGCCAGGGACUCUGGUGCUAGCAUUUGCAUUUAUGCUAAUAGUUCCUCAGGUGGAGAACCUCAGGAUGCAGAUUAUUCCGUUGCUUCGCUGAGUGAUGAGUUAGAGGCUCUGAUCUUGGCCAGGGUUCCCAGAUCAGAAUACUGGAAGUUCUCUUUUGUGAGCAGAAGGUUUCUCUCUCUUGUGAAGAGUGGUGAGGUAUAUAAGAUUAGAAGGGCAGUUGGGUUUAAAGAAGCUUCUGUUUUCAUGCUGGCUAUUGGGGAGAAGAGUUGGUGGGCAUUUGACAGGCAAUUCAGGUGUUGCAGGAAGCUUCCAAUCUUGCCAUCAGACUUCUGCUUUUCAACUGGGGAUAAGGAGUCAGUUUGUGCAGGGACUCAUCUGAUUGUUUCAGGGAAAGAAAUUGAUGGUGUUGUUAUUUGGAGAUUUGAAUUGGCAUCGAACAAAUGGUUUAAGGGUCCUUUUAUGGUCAAUCCAAGGUGUUUGUUUGCAUCAGCCACCUGCGGCACCUCUGCUUUUGUAGCUGGUGGCAUUGGAAUGGAGAGUGAAGAGAGAGUCUUGAGUUCAGCUGAGAAAUAUGAUCCAGAGACCAAAUCAUGGGAACUUCUUCCAAUGAUGCACCAGAGGAGGAAGCUUUGCUCGGGCUGUUACAUGGAUAACAAGUUCUAUGUGAUUGGAGGGAUGGACGAGAAUGGGAAUGGUCUAACCUGUGGGGAAGCAUUUGAUGAGCAGGAAAACACAUGGAAAUUGAUCCCAGAGAUGUUGAAAGAUGCCCCCGUCACAACUUCUCAAUCUCCACCUCUUGUUGCAGUUGCCAACAAUGAGCUCUACUCGCUUGAAGCUUCCUCAAACGAGCUGAAGGUAUACUUGAAGAGGAGCAAUUCAUGGAAGAUUUUAGGACCAGCCCCAGUAAGAGCUGAUUUUAAUAAAGGAUGGGGCAUAGCAUUCAAGUCUCUGGGUGAUGAGCUUCUUGUCAUGGGCGCAUCGUCGGUUGCUUGUGCCGGCCGUGGCAUGGCUGUAUACACUUGCUGCCCGCAUCCACAGGCUGAUGAAUUACAGUGGAGGGCUCUUGACUGUGGCACUAGCCAGCUCAGCCACUUUAUUUGGAAUUGCUCUGUCAUGGUAGCCUGAAUGCUCAAAUCUGAAGCAGUGGCUCUUGAGUUGUUUGAUGUGAGUGAGUGUCUGAAUCAGGGUUUCCUUUUUUUUUUUGGUUUUUGUCUGAGUUUGCUGUAAUUUCCUUUUGUAUUACAUAAGUGUUCCUUGUCCCCUCCAAACUUUGUGAUGAUGACAUAAGGGUCAUUUGACAAAGCUUGCUGAUUUUAUCUUUUGCUUCUGUCUCCCGUAUGAGCACCUUUUUUUUUU